AAAAAAAAAAAAAAGAAGAAGAAAAUCUCUAAAAUGAUGAGAGGUUAUUCAUUAGAACAAGAUCUAAGAUUAUUAUUUAAUAAUCCAAAGUAUAGUGAUAUAGAGAUUAUAUGUAAAGAUGAAAAGAAAUUAUAUGCAUCCAGGAUAAUAUUAGCUGCAAGAUCAGAAGUAUUUGAUGGAUUACUUUAUAAUGGAAUGAAAGAAAGUUAUGAAAAUCAAAUUACUUUUCCAACAAUUUAUUCUUCUGGAAUGGAAAUUAUAUUGGAAUAUGCUUAUAUUGGUUCAAUUAAAAAAGAAUCUUUAACUAAAGAUAAUAUAAUUGAAGCUUUUAAUACUGCUGACUAUUUUCAAUUAGUGAAACUACAAGAAUUUAUAAUGAAAACUAUUAAAUAUACUAUAAAAGAUAAUUACAAAAAUAAUUAUUUACCUGAAUUGUUGUCUAAAGCUGUAGAUAUAAUGGUAUUAUCAGAAGAUAAUAUUCUCCUUAAUUUACUGGUUGAAACAGUAGCAACUAUUCCAUUAAAUACUAUUGAAUUUGGUCGAUUAUCUAUUAAAGCCCUUCAAUAUCUCUUAUCUUGUACACAUAAAAAAAAGAAACCUUUUGCAACCCCGGAAUAUGAAGUUUUUCGAUAUAGUGCCAUUCUUGUAGCAAAAAAUAUUUCUAAUAAUACAUAUAAAAUUCUAAUAAAACUGUUACCAACUUUAGAACAAUUAGAGAAUUCAAUCAAAGUAAACAAUAAAUUAAUUACUAAUCAUAAAAAACUUGCUAGAGAAUUGGAGUCUUUAGUUAAAUUUAUUGAUUUCAAACGGAUCAAGGAACAAAUAAUAACUGAUAUUAUUGAACCAUUAGAAAUUACUCCAACUGUAAUUGUUUAUCGAUCAAAUAACAAAGUUUUCAAUAAUAUUCGUGGAAUAUCAUGUUUAUAUGAGUUCGCUUAUGUUUGGGAUAGGUCAACAUGUGGAUCAAACCUUCUUAUUGAGGAUAAUGGUAAAGUUGUGACUGCAAAAAAGGAUUGUACUUCCCGACAAUUUGUUAGAACUAAAAUAGAAUUUGAAGACGAAGGAGUUAUUGAAUGGAAUGUCAUCAUUAAGAAAGAUGGUCGUGCUUGGAUUGGAGUGUGUGCAUCAGAGAAUUUUAAUUAUAACCUUGCAGCAGAUGAUUCUAAAGUAUUGGGAAUAGGUUAUAUUGGUCCUAACUCAAAGUAUUUUAGUCCAUUUGAAGAUAAUACAAUUAUUACUUGUCAUUUAGAUAUGAAUAAAAGAACUUGUACUUUUACAGUCAAUGAUAAAAAGUAUCAAGGUUUAUUGACGUGGGAUCCAUCAUCAAAAGUUUAUCCAUUAGUAUCGUUACUUUACCCUGGUCAGCUUCAAAUUCAACCAUUUUCUUAUAAUAAGUGAUUUUACGUUGAUACGUAUAAUUUACUAUUUUUAACGUAGUAUACUAUGUUCCUAUGUUAUAUUUAUGUUAAUUAAUGAUUAAUAAUAAAAUUUUUAAUUGCAAAU